GGCGGCGGCGAGCAGGCCGAUCAGCAGCUCGGCGGUGACGGGCCUGCGGAGGCGGAGGCGGGGCCGGGGUCCGCGCCGCUGCCGUUCUGGGGCUGGAGAGCCGGAGUGGGCGCCGCCGGCCGCGAGCUCGGGACGUAGGAAUGUUGGUAUUUGGUGAACAUGAAUUCACAGCUGCAUGACCAGGAAUAUGGGGACAGAAAUAUAAAGAGAGCCCAUGUGGAGCUGCAUCCGAAUCUCAUUAUGCAUCAGAACAAUGAAAAAACAGAGGAAAACUCUAUGGAGAAAAGGAAUUCACAUAGCCUUUUAUGAAAAAUGGAAUACUGGAUUUAGUGGUUUUAAGAAGUUUUACUUUUACCAACACUUGUACAUUGUAAAAUCCAAGUUGGGACAAUCAGUUAGUUGGAGCAGGCAGCUGAAAAAUUUCCAGUGCAGAAAGAAGGUCCUUCAACUCCAGAAAACAUGGAUCCAAGAUGAACUCCUUUUUGCUAAGACAAAGUCUAGUGUGGCGGCUCAAAAUAUUAGUGCUGUGUCCUCUAAACUGAAAAGAAAAGACAGUAAAAUCCUCAUUUCUUCCCCGAGGACCCUUCUGAAAUUCCAGACAAAGAAGUUGCUGGCAUCAACAGAUAAUUCUGACCAUGAAUGCUGUAGAGAGAAAAAUCUCCUGAAGGCAGUUGUAGACUUUCCAGCAAAUAGUGUUUUAGGUCAGGCCAAUGGUCAGAGAUCUAGGACAGAGCUACAAGCUUCUGAGUUUCCCAUGAAGUUCAUUGGGGAGAAUCAAAGUCCAGGUGAGAGUGGCACAAUUGUAGUCACCUUGAGCAACCACAAGAAAAAGCGCUUUUGUUAUGGCUGUUACCACCACCGGAGUGGGGGACCCCUGAUUCCAAAAAAGUUCCAACUUAACCAACAUAGAAGAAUAAAAUUAUCUCCUCUUAGGAUGUAUGAUAAAUUAUCCAUGAUUAGAUUUCGGUACAGGAUUCUCAGAUCCCAGCACUUCCGAACAAAAGGCAAAGUUUACAAGCUAAAAAAGGCUCAACGAAGCUGGGUGCAGGUCACUGGGGACCAUCAAGAGACCCUAAGGCAGACUGGUGAGGGUGGCAGUUGCAGCCCAUUCCAUUCCCCAGAACCUAAAGACCCUUCUUGUCAACAUCAACCAAUCUUCCCAGAUAUGGACAGUAAUGCUGUGGUGAAGGGAAAGAAUGCUCUCGUGCCUGAUGGCCACCCUAAAGGAAACUCUUUCUUGGGAAAGGAGCUUAGUUUAGAUAAAACAUUCCCUGACCAACAGAAUGGCAGUGCCACAUACACCUGGGACCAGUCACCCUGUUCCUCUCCGAAGUGGGAAUGUACAGAGAUGAUGCAUGACAUCCCCUUACCAGAACAUCAUUCUAGUCACAUGUUUAUCUCAGAAACUGAAAGAGCAGUUAAAACUCUGGAUCAGAAAAUUCGGACAGAUGUCAUCACUGAUGACAGAGAACUAUCUGUGUCUGAGGCAGAUGAGUCUGUGAGAAGUGUAGACGGGCCUUUAUCUGAAGAGCCUGUUCAGAAUGAGAGCUCCUGCCAGAUGGAUGAGGACGGAUCUCUCAAGCAGAACAUUCUUAGUUCUAAGUUGCUGGACCACCCUUACUGUAAAAGCCCACUGGAAGCUCCUUUGUUGAGCAGUGGGAUCAAAUUAGAAAACCAAGUGGAAGGUGAAAAGAUCACUCAGAACCCCUCUCCCGUGGAUGAUGAACAGCUGUCAAGUUGCCUCUCGGGAUUCCUAGAUGAGGUUAUGAAGAAGUAUGGCAGUCUGGUCCCACUCAGUGAAAAAGAUGUACUUGGACGAUUAAAAGAUGUCUUUAAUGAAGACUUUUCAAAUAGGAAACCAUUUAUCAAUAGGGAAAUAACAAACUAUCGGGCCAAACAUCAAAAAUGUAAUUUUCGCGUCUUCUACAAUAAGCAUAUGUUGGAUAUGGAUGAUCUUGCAACCCUGGAUGGUCAGAAUUGGCUGAAUGACCAGGUAAUUAAUAUGUACGGUGAGUUGAUAAUGGAUGCUGUCCCUGACAAAGUUCACUUCUUCAACAGCUUUUUUCAUAGACAGCUGGUAACCAAAGGAUAUAAUGGAGUGAAAAGAUGGACAAAAAAGGUGGAUUUAUUUAAAAAGAGUCUACUGUUGAUUCCGAUUCACCUGGAAGUCCACUGGUCUCUCAUUACUGUGACCCUUUCUAACCGAAUUAUUUCAUUUUAUGAUUCCCAAGGCAUUCAUUUUAAGUUUUGUGUAGAGAAUAUAAGAAAGUAUUUGCUGACUGAAGCCAGAGAAAAAAAUAGACCUGAAUUUCUUCAGGGUUGGCAGACUGCUGUAACAAAGUGUAUUCCACAGCAGAAAAAUGACAGUGACUGUGGAGUCUUUGUGCUCCAGUACUGCAAGUGCCUCGCCUUAGAGCAGCCUUUCCAGUUUUCCCAAGAAGACAUGCCCCGGGUGCGGAAGAGGAUUUACAAGGAGCUGUGUGAGUGCCGGCUCAUGGACUGAAGCUCAGCAGGGACUCUAGGAAGUCUGACCAAGUCGGAGCAUAUGGUUUGUUACUUGAAUCUCCACUUAUUUUAAUUUUUACAGAGAUUUCAGAUUAGUGGUAUUGGGCCACUAUUAUUACCUCAAAUUUACUUUUUACCCAUAUUCAUGACUUUAGCUACCAUGUGCUAUUUUUUUUUAUUGUUCCGUUUGGUUUCAUUUUUAAUUUUAUGAUUGUUUCCCCACCCUCCAUAUUUAAUAUUUAUUAUCCAAGCGCAUGCAUAUAGACAGAGCAUGCAGUGCAGAGUAUUAAAAAAAAAAAGCUUUGUAGAUUUGGUGCAGCUUCUGAAACUUAGAUGUGAACUAUAACAGGUUUAAAAUUCAAAUUUAGAACUUAAAACAUGGGAUGUUUUUAAUACAAUGUAAUUUUAAGAACAGAUGUUCCCUGGGGCAUAAGUGGGCAUAAGAGCAAGCCAGUACUGUCUAUCCACAGCACCUUUCACUAAAUUCCCUCUCCCACUGAGACUUGGGGGGAGCAAAUGUGGUUCCUUCCUUUUGAAGGCUGAGAAGGAAGAGGUCACUACCUCCUGUUCAUUUAUGGCAGACUUGAGAAGACAGUGCCUGCUUCAGAGUUGAUUACAGUUUGAGGAAAGACAACUUUCGGGGCCAAGUCUCUUAACAUGAGAGAUUUCAGCCUUAAGAAUGUGGCAGAUGCCUAAAACUUUGUAUAAAGGCUUUUGCUUAGAAUUUCAUGGAUUUUUCUGGGUUUGUCCUAUUAAAAAAAAAGCUUAACAUCCUUCAAAUUACUAGUGGUCAAAUGAAAAAUCCAGUCUUUCAAAGAGCAUUUUGCAAGUCGUUGCUUGUUCUGCACCCAUGUGGAAGAAAUUAAGAUUUACCAAAUAUUUUCUAUUUCAGUGGUAUUUGAGAUGUAAACAUUUAAAAAAAAGAUGUAAACAUUUAGAACAAAGACUUCUGGCCUUUUGUUGGGGGGGUGGGAAGAGGGGAAGGUUGGUUAAGAUUUGACUCCACUGGAGUAUAAGCAGAUGUUUUUACUUGCUUUCCCUCAUCUGUUUAGUGAUCCCAGCAACGAGCGGGGCUUCUCUUGAUCUCACACAGUUCUUUUGCACCUCAUCCUCUGGAGAAAGGCAAAAGUGGCUCUGUUCUUAUACUUAGCUGAGUUAGGAUGAAAGUAAUGGACCUUGCUGCAUCUUUAAUAAAGCUUUUUGUGACAAUUUGAAAA